AUGGAAUCAAUGUGAGAGCGUGCUGCGGCCACAUUGCUCAUCCACAGUGAGCCGUCUCAAGGAUUGUGGCCGAGAGACACAUCGAAGAACGUGAGCUGGCCCAGGCACACCAAGGUUCCCAAGUGAUUGCGAUAUCGUCGGCAAGCUGGCAUUCACAACCAACUCGUCACGUUUUCUUCGCCGCCUUAUUAAACUCACCCCUCCUUGCGCAUUGACCCGUCAAGUCAAUCGCCGCUCUGUUGCCUCGUUCGGCUCUCCAGUCUUGGCCAGUAGUCCAAGGCGCCCAUUUCCCCAUAAUUUUGUAUCACCGAACCCUGAAACAGGCGGAUCCCAACCCUCUGCCUCAAUGCCUGCCAACCAGAGUCAUACGACUCCUCAUAUCACACCUUACGUUUGGACAAAUGGGCCCUCUGUCGAUCAGUCGCAGACCUCGUUGAUGGGUCGGGAACUUGAGUUCUACAGCGAGGCUGGUAUCGACCUCGACCGAUGUGCCAUUCGACGCAAUUUGCCCCCUGCUAAACUAUAUGAGGAAGCUCUCCACAACGAGGGAGCCGUCCUCUCCGCUACCGGAGCCCUCAUAAAUUAUAGUGGCAUAAAAACUGGCCGUAGCCCCGGGGACAAGAGAAUUGUUUACGAAGAGACAUCCAGAAACGACAUUUGGUGGGGUCCAGUAAAUAUAAAGAUGGAUGAGCAUUCGUUCGAAAUCAACCGUGAGCGGGCAAUCGAUUAUUUAAACACACGAGGGGACAUCUACGUGUUUGACGGGUUCGCGGGGUGGGAUCCCAAGUAUCGUAUCAAAGUGCGCGUCAUUUGCGCCCGGGCGUACCACGCACUAUUUAUGCGCAAUAUGUUGAUACGACCGACUGCCGAUGAACUGCGGGAUUUUGGCGAACCUGACUUUAUCAUAUACAAUGCGGGACAGUUCCCUGCUAAUAGAUUCACAAACGGAAUGACAUCCCAGACGUCCGUUUCGAUUAAUUUUAAACGCAUGGAGAUGGUCAUUCUUGGAACGGAAUACGCCGGCGAAAUGAAGAAGGGUGUCUUUAGUGUAAUGCAUUACGUGCAGCCUGCUAAGUUCGGCCAGCUGUCGAUCCACGCUGCAGCCAAUGUCGGCAUAGAAAGUGAGGAUGUUACUCUGUUUUUUGGAUUGUCGGGAACAGGGAAGACGACACUGUCCGCUGACCCGAAACGGCAGCUAAUUGGGGAUGAUGAACACGUGUGGUCUGAUGAUGGUGUCUUCAAUAUCGAGGGGGGUUGUUACGCCAAGUGUGCGAACCUUUCGCCAUCCAAGGAGCCACAGAUAUAUGACGCCGUGCGAUUCGGGACGGUUUUGGAAAAUGUGGUCUAUGACCCAGAAGAACGAUAUCCAGAUUUUGACGAUACUUCCAUAACGGAGAACACACGGGCUGCAUAUCCUAUCGACUUUAUUCCCAAUGCUCGUAUUCCCUGCAUGACGUCAAGCCACCCAAAAAACAUCAUAAUGCUGACAUGCGAUGCAUAUGGAAUACUUCCUCCCGUAAGCUCUCUGUCUCCGGAGCAGGCCAGCUACCAUUUCUUGGCUGGGUAUACGUCAAAAACGCCUGGAACGGAGGAAGGAAUUAUGGACCCGAUUCCCACUUUUUCCACAUGCUACAGCGCACCAUUUAUAACCUUACAUCCCAUACGCUAUGCAUCCAUGCUUGCCGACAAGAUGCGGAAACACAAGACGGCGUGCUGGCUCAUCAACACUGGAUGGGUUGGUGGCAAAUACGGUACCGGGUCACGUAUACCCCUUGGGCAUACACGAGCUAUCAUAGACGCGAUACAUGGUGGUGCACUUGUAUCACCUUUCACGUCAGGACAGCCGGAGGAGCUGUCAGGGUGGCACAACUACGAUGUUUUCAACCUCACCAUCCCAACUGCAGUCCCUGGUGUGCCAAAUCAAGUCCUCGAUCCUAGCAAGGCAUGGGACGACGAGGAUGCGUUUGAGAGGGAACGUGUCAAGCUUGCACGCCUCUUUAAUCGAGCAUUCAGGAUGUUUGAGCACGACGCGUCAGAUGAGGUGAAAGCAGCUGGUCCAACGAUCUAGUUGACACUCUUCUUUCCAUUCCGUAUAUAUGUUGGUCGUUACCUUAGUACUUCCCUAGUUGUUGUGCAUUCGUCGAGAUUGCUGGCUCGUUCCGAAGGAAAUUGAAUUGUUGUCCAAAAUUAGAAAUUUAUUCGCACAAACUUGCGG